AUGGGCGCUCUUUGGGCUAUCUAUUUAAUUUUUGUCUUCUUUGCGGUGUCUAACUCUUCCCUUAUCUCGCGGAAAUAUACAGCAAAACCGGAAAAGGAUGAUAGGAAAUCAAAUGAGGAACUUCUAGGAGAAUACAAUGCUAAAUCGGAUAUACAGUGUGCGGCGCGCUGUCUAAGGAAUUGUAGCGUCUUUGGAUUCAAUCCUCAGAUGAAGAAAUGUCGGACCCACAAGGAGAUGUUCACGUCUGGAGUGUCCAGAGAGGAGGGCUGGAGAUACUACUUACAGGACUUUAUGCCCAUAGACUGUAAGGAUCUCCAUGGAGACGGUUACUUUGAUUCUGGUGUUUACGACAUCUACCCCCACGGCACCAUCACCAGUCCCGUCAGGGUGUACUGUCAGAUGGAGAUAAUGGGUGGAGGUUGGACGGCAAUCCAAAAACGCGUCAACGGAUCUGUGAGUUUUGACCUGGAUUGGACAGCAUAUAAAAAUGGUUUCGGUUCACCAGAACAGGAUGUCUGGGUUGGAAAUGACUUAAUCCAUCAGUUAACAAAAGACUACAACUCCUUCCUAUACGUGUCCAUCACUCUCCAGAAUGGUACAACGCUGUAUGAACUGUACGACCGAUUCUCCGUCUCCAGUGAAACAGAGAAAUAUCAACUCUUCCUAGCGGCGCCAGCUACAGGUGCCUUAGGAGACAGUAUCUUAAACACUGGAUUCCCUACCCGUGACCUGUCAGGGAUGUCCUUCACCACUAAGGACCGAGAUAACGACCCGUCCAGUGUGAACUGUGCUGCUAAUUAUGACAAGAGAGGCGGCUGGUGGUUUAACCGCUGCCACCGAGGCUUCCUUAACGGUCCCUGGUACCCGGCCGACUGGGACACUCCGUGGUACCCAGCAGUAGAGGAGGGGACGUCCAUCAGGGGGACUGUGAUGAUGAUAAAACGUCACUAGAUGGAUACUUUUAAGAUAGAGGGACCUCUUAUUGAUGAACAACUACCAGUCAGGCGAAAUAUUUUUCUUAGAAACAGACAAUUUCAACUUUAUUUUCGUUUUGGAAAUCUAUUCAUUUCUUUUACAUAAUGUUUUAAAUCAAU